GUCCUGAGUCUAAAAUACGCGGAAGCGACAGGCGGAAGAGCCUCGGCGGAAGCGGUUUGGUCUGUCAAGGGAGGAAAAAUUUGCAGAAUUUGACACAAAUAGGUUAAUCCCACCACAUAGCUCCAUCUGAUCAUUCCCCCCUUUUCCUCGACACCGGCGGUCCGCUGCGAUGAUCCUGUUAGAAAUCAAUAACCGCAUUAUAGAGGAGACGCUGGCGUUGAAGUUCGACGGCGCAUCCAACGGAACCAAACCAGAGGCCGUCGAUGUGACGUUUGCAGAUUUCGAUGGCGUCUUGUACCACAUCUCCAACCCUAAUGGGGACAAGACCAAAGUGAUGGUCAGCAUCUCCCUGAAGUUCUACAAGGAGCUGCAGGAGCAUGGAGCUGACGAGUUGCUCAAGAGGGUCUAUGGGAAUUUCCUGGUCUCACCAGAGUCUGGCUACAACGUGUCCCUCCUCUACGACUUGGACGCACUACCAGCCAACAAAGAUGAGGUUGUCCACCAGGCGGGGAUGCUCAAGAGGAACUGCUUCGCCUCAGUGUUCGAAAAGUACUUCAAGUUCCAGGAAGAGGGCAAAGAGGGCGAGAAGAGGGCUGUGGUCCACUACAGAGACGAUGAGUCCAUGUAUGUGGAGGCCAAGAAAGACAGAGUGACGGUUGUGUUCAGCACGGUGUUCAAAGAUGACGACGACGUCAUCAUCGGCAAAGUCUUCAUGCAGGAGUUCAAAGAGGGCCGGCGAGCCAGCCACACAGCCCCCCAGGUGCUGUUCAGCCACAGGGAGCCGCCACUGGAGCUGAAGGACACAGACGCCGCCGUGGGGGACAACAUUGGAUACAUCACCUUCGUCCUGUUCCCACGUCACACCAAUGCCAAUGCCAGAGACAACACCAUCAACCUCAUCCACACCUUCAGGGACUACCUGCACUACCACAUAAAGUGCUCUAAGGCCUACAUUCACACACGUAUGAGGGCCAAGACAUCAGACUUCCUCAAGGUGCUGAAUCGUGCUCGACCCGACGCCGAGAAGAAGGAGAUGAAGACCAUCUCUGGAAAGACCUUCUCCCGCUGAGGCGGACGCCCAUCAGAGAAAUCCAAACCCCCGUGGACACGCCCAAACGCGCCACACCGAGACUCAACGCCACAUCCGACAGGACUCCAGGAUGCCUCUAAAAUGCCCCUGCCCAGCCCCAAAAAUGUGUCCAGUCUUUUUUUUUUUUUUUUUUUUUUAAUGAAUAAUAAUGUUGGCUCUGCUUAGAGAAAGCCAAGGUUUAAGAUAAAUGGAAAAAAGGGCAUUCCUUGCUUUGCAUAGUUAAAGAGAAUUAUUAGUCCUAUAUAAAUAUAUAUAUGAAAAAAAAGACAAUUUUUGAUACGACAUCUUUUACUCCAUUUGGUACUCUUGCUUGCCCCUCAACCCUCACCAUGAAAUAUACAUGUACUGGAUGAUUUCAGUCCCCCCUUCUUUCCUCUCUGUGCUCUCAUGUUGUCUGUACCAUUGUCAUUUGAAAAAAUAAAAUGAA